UCUUGUUUUACAUCUUCGACCUGAUGUCUUGAUGCCCGGGAUAGAUCAGACUGAUGCAUAGAGAAUGCCUAACACGAAUUCUGAUAUAUGGCUCUCCGGCGCCUUCGCCGUCUUCAUCACCGACUUCCUCGUCUACCCCUUCGACACCCUCAAGACCCGCAUCCAAUCCCCCAACUACGCCACCGUCUACAAGGACGCAACCACCGGCCAUGUCAAGCGCGGCCUCCUCUUCAAGGGCCUCUACCAGGGCGUGGGGAGCGUAGUGCUCGCCACAAUCCCAGCCUCAGGAGCAUUCUUCACCACCUACGAAUCCACCAAACGCACCCUCACCCACCUCCUCGCCCGCAGCCCCAACCCCAAAGCCACUCCGGGGGAGACGGGGACAGAGACAACAACAACAACAACCCUCCUCCCCACACCCGUCGUCCACUCCCUCGCUUCCUGUACCGCCGAAGCGGUCUCGUGCUUCAUCCUCACGCCCGCGGAGGUCUUGAAGCAGAAUGCGCAGAUGUAUAGCAAUACCUCCGCAGACCACACCGGAGGGUCCUCUGCAUCCUCAUCCACAUCAUCCCACUCCCAUCCUAAGAAGGCGGGCAGCAGCAGCAGCAGCAAACCAGGGAAUAUAACCAUCCACAUCCUCCGGAAAUUCCGGCACAGGCCGUGGAAGCUCUGGAGUGGGUAUUCGGCGCUCGUGGGCCGGAAUCUGCCGUUCACUGGGAUUCAGUUUCCAAUUUUCGAGUUUGUGAAGAGGAGGAUCGCGGAGAGGCGCGCUGAGGGGAAGGAUUCGAGAAAAGGAAUGAACGGGGAGGGGGAGGGUGGUGCAGAUACUGAUUCGGUACUCGAGCGCGUCUACGUCACCGGGAUUGCAGGGAGUGUGGCGGGUACGAUCUCCUCGGUUGUGACGACGCCAAUCGACGUGGUUAAGACGCGGAUGAUGCUGGCUGCUGGGGAGGCAGAGACGCAGAAGAAGAGGCCCGGGGCGUGGGCAGUGGGGAAGGAGGUGUUUCGGCGCGAAGGGGUACCGGGGUUGUUUAGAGGCGGUGCAUUGCGGGCGUUUUGGACGGCCAUUUCGUUUGGCAUUUAUCUGAGUAUGUAUGAGGGGGGGAAGGUGUAUUUGGGAAAUCGGCGGAUGGAGAAAGACCAAAAAGCCGGAGACGGGGCGCCACUAUAGAAGUAUGGACUGGCUCUGGCUUUGCAGGACUCAGAUUAGGCUGUCAUGCACUUAGUACUAUCUUUCAUUCGUAUCUGGA